AUGAUCCACUCCAAAGUCCUCCUCCUCGCCCCCAUCCUCUCGGCCCUGGCCCAGGACCUGUCGACGGAUAUUGUCGGAUGCACAGACCUCGACUGCCCCAACCAGGGCUGGGACUCCUGCACCGUGACGGACGAGUCCUACGCCGGGAUUGGCCUGGCACGCAUCAGUGGCGUUCCAGACUCGCUGGUCGGCAUCUCGCUAGUCAAGGGCGUGCACAUCGAGGAUCCGGAGUCUGGCGGAGGUAACGGGUCGGACGACGACCGCUCGUUCAAGUCCGUGUACUAUCUUGGGACUCCCUCCAAUCUCGACGUGGGCGACCUGUCCGGCUGCGCCGUGGUCUUCAACGACCCCCCGACCGGUCCUGGCUUCCAACAGCCCAAGAUCAAUGACAGCGUGGCCGUCGACAUCCGGGCAUCCUACGGGACUUGCCCCGACGUCAUCACGCAGGGAUGCAUCGAUAGCCUGACUCGUCAAGCGCGCAACGUGCAGACCGGGUCUAACGGAUGCUCAGCCCUCAAGUCUGACCUCGAGGACAACCCCCCGGACGAGUGCAGUGACCUGACGGGCGCUGGUGACGGCCUGGGCAGGUUCGACGUUAUCUCGCUGGGCAAUCUGUCGACCAUCUCGCAGUCAGCUAAUGGCUCAUCUGACUGCUGGCCUGUCCAGCCCAAGUCAGACAACCUCGCCCAGCUGUACGAUGAUACUUCCAAUGGCAACUACACGGAAGAAGGAAACCUCGCCGAGAUGUACAAGAUAACCCCCAUCCUCACCGUCUUCACGUCGAGCAACGGCAGCAACAGCCUCGUCAGCAAUACCUCCGCAUCCCUGACCUGUCUCAAGGUCGUGUCGACUGGGAACGUCACCAACGCCACCGAUCCAGAGGAUACUGAUGAAGGUGGUGCGGCAAUGUCUGCGGUUAAUAUGGCUGGAGCCACUGUGGCAGGGCUUGCAACUCUUAUGUUUGUGCUGCUGUAG